UCUCGCGGUGUUUAGACACCUUUCAGACAUCUUGCAUUUUCCAGUCUGAAAGAACGAAUUUAUAAAAUACCGUUGACUUCAUCGGGCCAAGCGAACCCGAAAUAACAGGGCUUUUAUUGUUGAUAUUCGUGACUUAUUUGUAUUUCGACCGAAUGCAUGUGAGGCUAUAGGUGGCUGAACCGAGAGCUCGCGUGCCAAACCACUGAGCGGAUUGUCUCUCCCGGGGCUCUCGAGCCGUAUUGUGCGUCAUUUUCAUAGCUGCAUCUUGUUUUUCUAUCGAGGCAACAUGGCAACUCCCGCCGCGGUCAAUCCAUCGGAGAUGGGCAGUGAGUUGCCGGGGCCCGUUACUAUGCCGGGGGCGGUGGUGGGGGCGGGCCAAGUGAGGAUGGGCGGAGCCAUGCCGGGCCGCGGGGGCAAGAGGAGAUCCGGAGGGAUGGACUUUGAUGACGAGGAUGGGGAAGGACCAAGUAAAUUUUCAAGGUAUGAUGAUGAUGAUCAGAUACCUGGUGAUGAUAAGGAGAGAUAUGCCAGAGAGAACCACAGCGAGAUAGAGCGGCGUCGCCGUAACAAGAUGACCCAGUACAUCACGGAGCUGUCGGACAUGGUGCCCACCUGCAGCGCUCUGGCCCGCAAGCCAGACAAACUGACUAUCCUCCGCAUGGCCGUGUCCCACAUGAAGUCCAUGAGAGGGACCGGGAACACGUCCACUGACGGGGCGUACAAGCCCUCCUUCCUGACCGAACAGCAGGGUCUACAAACCCUCCUCCUCAGCAAACAGGAGUUGAAGCACCUCAUCCUGGAGGCGGCCGACGGCUUCCUGUUUGUGGUCGCUGCAGAGACGGGCCGCGUGAUCUACGUGUCUGACUCGGUGACACCGGUGCUCAACCACCCGCAGUCGGAGUGGUUUGGCAGCACGCUGUAUGAACAGGUGCAUCCUGAUGAUGUGGACAAGCUGCGGGAACAGCUCAGCACCUCAGAGAAUUCCAUGACAGGGCGUAUCCUGGACCUGAAGACAGGAACAGUGAAGAAAGAGGGGCAACAGUCGUCUAUGAGGAUGUGCAUGGGCUCCAGACGAUCCUUCAUCUGCAGAAUGAGAUGUGGCAGCACCCCACUGGACCACAUCUCUCUCAACCGACUGUCCAACAUGAGGAAGAGAUACAGGAACGGUCUGGGACCCUCGAAGGAGGGAGAGGAUCAGUACUCUGUGGUGCACUGUACCGGCUACAUCAAAGCAUGGCCCCCAGCAGGUAUGACCAUACCAGAAGAAGACACAGAGGCAGGACAGACCAGUAAAUACUGCCUUGUAGCCAUCGGAAGACUGCAGGUGACCAGUUCUCCCGUUUCCAUGGAUAUGAACGGCCUGACGGUUCCCACGGAGUUCCUGUCGCGCCACAACUCCGACGGCAUCAUCACUUUCGUGGACCCGCGGUGCAUCAACGUGAUUGGAUACCAGCCUCAGGUUGGUUCCUCCCCCUACUUAUCACAAUCAGGGUCGCAUUUAGUAGGGCACGAUGAUGCGAAACAUUUUUAAAAAUUGGAACAAUUGUA